GAGGUAUUAUCAUCCUGUUCUGUUUCAGAUUUGGCUGUCCAAUGUGUGUGAAACUGGAUGAGACAAGGGCUCUAUCAGGAGCCUUUGUGCAGAUAUACCUGCAGUUACUGAAGAGGACCUCUGGGCAGGUUCACACGGCACUUGGCAGGGUGGAGUUUCUUGACCCAUGGAGAAUUACUUUCAGGCUGAGGCCUUUAACUUGGACAAGGUGCUGGAUGAGUUUGAACAGAAUGAAGAUGAAACGGACACGCCGACUCUCUCAGAUGCCAAGUGGACCCAGAUUCUCGCCCCGCCAUCACACCUCCUUUCCCUGAAUCCAGCACUGUCCCACUCCGAUCUUAGCCCAAGGGACAGUCCUAUCAGCUUCAAGCCGCUUCUAGAUGCCCAGACAUCAGAUGGCCCCUCUUUGGCUGAGGUCACCAGGUUAGACGGGAAACAGGGGGUGGGGCAGCAGCCAGAGGGCAGGAGUGAAGAACGGCCAGCAGAUGUUCACAGUCCUCCUCUGCCCCAGCCCAACAUUGGCAAGCUGGUGAGCACUGAUGGGCAAAUGCCAGACUUGCCGUCCUCCAACAGAGUGGUGCUGGAAAACGGUUAUCCAUCUAGUCCUGAUCUUAGUGAUCGGACUGACGUUCUUCCGGGCAAUGAAGAUGAGACAUGUCUGACUGUUACGGAUGAGCAAAGUGUUGAGGACACUGGUCCCCAAGACUUUAAGAUGGUGCAGAAUGGUACUGACGAGGGAAGUGGUGGUGGUCUUCAAGAUCUCACGGUUCUCGAGGAAGAGUGCGGGAAUGGGCCACCAGUUUUGAAUAAUGGUGUUAAGAUAGAGCGAAGCCAGUCUGACAGUGGUUCACCUGUCCGUGAGUUCGGAAUGAUCGACAGUAAUCUGGUAUUUCCAGAAGGAAGUAAUCCCCAGAAAGGGGAAGCGGUUUUGCACAAAUCAGUGAGUGAUGGCGUAGAACUGGAUUUUGAGAGGGAGAAUCAUAAGGGUGCCUUUCAAAAUGGCAGACUGGUUGAGAAUGAAAUUGCGGGGGAAGACACCUGGGCGUCAAAUCAGGAAGAGAAAGAGAAAAUGAUAGAGAGUGACCACGAGGGAAUGCACAGAGAGCCUGAAUCAUCAGGGGCGGAGAAGUCCCUGUCCAAUGGUCUGAUUGUGGAUCAUGGUGGAGAUGCGCAAAGCCAGUCCGUGGUCCCUUCAAAGGAGGACUCUGUGACGGAGGAAAAAGAAAUGGAGGAAAGCAAACAAGAGUCUUGUGAUUCAGUACGAGGGCUGGAAUCUGGCAGAAUGGGCAAACUCAACAACAGCCGGCUGCAGCCUGUCAGCGUUCCCUACGGUGGUGCCCGCCCGAAACAGCCUGUCAGUCUGAAGCUGCAGAUUCCCCAGCAUUUCUCGAGCCAAGUCCAGAAUGAAUUUGGCUCCACUGGCAAGAACAAGAACCUGGAGCCACAGAGUAGGACAGGAAGCCUUGAGGCGUCUUGUGGAGCAACUGAGUCUGGUGUCGUUCGAAUAAAUGGAGAGCAUGGAGAAAGCUUUUCUGGCUUACUCAUCCCUUCUGAGAGUCCAGACAAUGACCUUCAGGCAGGACAGCAAUUGAAGAAACCCUUCAACUCUUUGGGGGAAGUGGCUCCUGUUUGGGUUCCUGACUCCCAAGCACCAAUUUGCAUGAAGUGCGAGGUCAAGUUCACCUUUACUAAAAGAAGGCAUCAUUGUCGGGCUUGUGGCAAGGUGUUCUGUGCUGCUUGUUGUAGUCUGAAAAGCAGGCUGAUGUACAUGGACAGAAAAGAAGCGAGGGUUUGUGUUACCUGCCAUCGUGCACUUAUGAACGUUCAAACAUGGGAGAACAUGAGAGGAGGUUGCAACCAGAGCCCAAAUCCCAACAACCCAGCUGAGUACUGCUCCACUAUACCCCCUCUGCAACAAGCCCAGGCAUCAGGAGCACUCAGCUCCCCACCCCCAACCGUAAUGGUGCCCGUUGGUGUCCUGAAACAGCCAGGAUCUGAAGGCUCUGUUCCUCGAGAGCAAAGAAGGGUUUGGUUUGCUGACGGCAUUUUACCCAAUGGGGAAGCUACAGACUCUUCUAAAGGGCCGGCGGCAAACCCCAACCCCACACAGCCUGUGGCAGCGUCCCAGUACUCAAACAAAUCCUCAGGAGCCAAUGCUUCUGAGGCGGCCCGUGCCACUGGAGCCCCGAUGGCCAGCCCUGUGGGCAGCUCUCUCAGUCUGAUCCCAGAGGACGGACUUCCUCCCAUCCUCAUCUCCACAGGCAUCAAAGGAGGUACGGGAGGCCACAUCACAGACUAUGCUGUGGAGGAAAGACCUUCUGAGAUUGUGCUGAUGCAGCAGCUUGAGGAGGGCGGCCCUGAUCCCCUGGUGUUUGUCCUUAAUGCCAACCUGCUGGCCAUGGUCAAACUGGUCAAUUAUGUAAAUAGGAAGUGCUGGUAUAUGACAACAAAGGGUAUGCAUGCCGUGGGCCAGGCAGAGGUUGUAGUGCUUCUACAGUGCCUCCCUGAUGAGAAAACCAUUCCUAAGGACGUCUUCAGCCACUUCGUCCAGCUGUACCGGGAGGCUCUCACAGGAAAUGUGUUAAGUCACCUGGGCCACUCCUUCUUCACUCAGAGCUUCCUGGGCAGCAAGGAACAUGGCGGCUUCCUUUACAUUAGCCCCACCUUCCAGACCCUGCAGGACCUGCCUUUGCCUAACCCACCCUACCUCUUUGGCAUCCUCGUGCAGAAGUGGGAGACCCCCUGGGCCAAGGUCUUUCCCAUCCGACUCAUGCUUCGCCUAGGGGCGGAAUACCGAUUCUACCCCUGCCCACUAUUUAGCGUUCGCUUCAGAAAACCCCUCUUUGGAGAGACUGGUCAUACCAUUAUGAACUUAUUGGCAGAUUUCCGUAACUAUCAGUACACCUUGCCAGUGGUGAAGGGGCUGGUGGUGGACAUGGAAGUGAGGAAGACGUGCAUCAAGAUACCGAGCAACCGUUACAAUGAGCUUGUAAAGGCUAUGAAUAAGUCAAACGAGCAUGUGCUGGCAAUGGGAGCGUGCUUCAACGAACGGGCGGAUUCUCAUCUUGUAUGUGUUCAGAACGAUGAUGGAAACUACCAGACCCAGGCCAUCAGUAUUCAUCACCAGCCUCGCAAAGUGACUGGGGCCUCCUUCUUUGUGUUCAGCGGGGCUUUAAAGUCUUCAUCGGGCUACUUGGCUAAGACCAGCAUUGUGGAAGAUGGCGUGAUGGUGCAGAUUACAGCUGAAACGAUGGAGGCCCUAAGGCAAGCCCUGAGAGAGAUGAAAGAUUUCAGGAUUGCCUGCGGGAAAGCUGAUCAGGAGGAGAACCAGGAGCACGUCCAUAUCCAGUGGGUUGAUGAUGACCACAAUGUCAACAAGGGUGUGAUCAGCCCCAUUGAUGGAAAAUCCAUGGAGUCAGUCACCAGUGUUAAGAUCUUCCAUGGCUCGGAGUAUAAAGCCAAUGGGAAGGUCAUCCGUUGGACAGAGGUGUUCUUCCUGCGGAGCGAGGACCAGACCAAUGGUCUGAGUGAUCCUGCGGACCACAGCCGACUCGCUGAGAAUGUGGCAAGGGCUUUCUGCAUGGCCCUGUGCCCUCACUUCAAACUUCUCAAAGAGGACGGCAUGGCUAAACUGGGCCUGCGGGUCACGUUGGGCUCAGAUCAGGUGGGCUACCUAGCAGGCAAUAACGGUCAGCCGCUGCUCCCCCAGUACCUGAGUGAUCUAGACAGCGCCCUCAUCCCAGUGAUCCACAGCGGGGCCUGCCAGCUGAGUGAAGGGCCUGUGGUGAUGGAGCUCAUCUUCUACAUCCUGGAGAUCAUCUCCUAAAACGAGGGAAUCCAUCCAGUCUCAGACUCAUGCCUCCCACCAGCUUGAGUCCCUCUUCGCUCUCUUUCUCUCAUUUGCACUUCAAAGAGCCUGAAAGCUGUGCAGGAACAAGUCCUCCAUACCACCUAUGCACCAUCUCCACUGGGACGCCCUCUGCCCAGCCCCGCUGAACGUGGUGCUCUCUUUCGUUUCUCCUCACUUCUCAACUCCACUGUGGAAACCAUAGACCCUGUUGGGUCAAAAGGGGUGGCGACCCUGAAUUCGAUCUCUUCAGAACCGUUGUAGCAACACUAAGCUCCUCAAACACAAGAGGGCGCUCUACACGCUCAGUCCUAAUGGAGACGACUGACAGAAGGGAAGGUGUGCACCAUGAAAUGGUUUCGGGUCACAGUGCCUGGGCCUCAAUUAGAAACGAAGAACGAGCUUCAGUCUCGCCUCUAAGCUUUAUGAAUCACCAGAUGCUUUAUUUCAUGAAUAUGGACCUUGUUUUGUUUUAAAACUGCUCCAAAGCUAAAAUGAUGUAGCUUCCUCAUAGACGGGCUGCUUGUCAUAGUAGCGGGAAGAUUGUGGAACAGUAUUAGGAAUGUUGACGAUUGAGUUACUGUUAAGUAAUGUCAAGAACGGACCUCUGUUAUAGACUUUAUUAUUAUUACAAGACAAUAAGUUCCAACAAUAAUUUCAAGCGGCCUUCAGGAAUUCAACUACAACUUCAAGAUCCAUAUAAUGAUAUGGUUGGUUUCAUCAGAUGGCCUACGCUUGAUGAAUGAGGACAGCAGCUGAUAUUAAGAUCCACAGCAAGUGAACCUCACAGCCCUUUAUUAACAGGUCAACAGUUGAGACAAAUCAUGUGUUUCUUGCUUUUGGUGAAGAGCGCCGACAGCUUUGGAAGCAGACUGUUCAUGAAAAAUAAAUGGCAUUUCAUGAAAGCUGCAUUGUCUUCCCACUAACACAGCUCAAAACAGCCUUUUGUUACUCCCUGUAUCCACCUUUGUCAUUGUUUUUGUAGCUGUGCAGUAUUGUAUAUCUUGACAUUUCUAUAUUUUGUUAACCAUAGCCUUUUUCCAUGUAACUUUUUUUUUUUUGGCCGGCCCAAAGUGUGAUACAGCAUGCAUGCUGAAACCAAUGAGAACGUGUAGUUCUCUGAAAAUCUUUGCAUUUCGACAGAAUUUCAGAGGACGAUCUGCUCGAAAAUAAUAGUUUUACAUACUAUUGAUUUGAUCUGUGAUGAAACAGUCAAAACCUGUCAUGGGUGGAAUGGGAAUAAAUUUGCAAUGUAUGAAAAGCCAAAAAGAAACAGAAAAAAGACAACCUUUCUUUAUUGUACACUACAAAUGUCAAUAAAAGCAGUCUUUAUCAAACCUGUUGAAUAUACAAAAUUUAUUUAUUUUUUUUUACUUUUUUUAUUAGUCACCAUUAAAAGUCAAAUAAAAUCCAUUUCAGUUAAUCAAGAAAAGUCAGGAACUGCAGAUUUUUGUUUUUCUCAUUUAAUAACAAAACAGUUGAAAUAAACUUGUUGUAAAAUGAAAAUAAAUUACAUGGCUGACUCCGGAGGGAAAGAGAGUAGAAAAAAAAAACUGAAACAUGCUAUAUGUAACAUGAGACAAUUGAGACCCACGUUUUCCAGGAUAAGUUGUGGAUUUAAAAACCACUUAAUGAAGAAUCAACACUGACAGUACAAUUUAAACUAGGACAAAGCUCGAUCCGAGACUGGAAAAUGUGCCAAAUCACAUGAGAUGGGAACAGCUGAAACUGAAAUGGAUGGACAGAGUAAGAACUAGGCUGAUGGAUCUAGAUUGUACAUUGUCCAUGCUUAAAAGCCAAAUAUCAGUCAAUUCUGAAAGAAUUGCU